AUGGAAAUCAAUAACAUGAGCAGGCAUUCUAAUGUGUCCCGCCAUGCUAACUACGGCAAUGCUAACUACGGCCAUGUUAACUACGGCCAUGCUAACUACGGCCAUGCUAACUAUGGCCAUAUUAACUACGGCCAUGCUAACUACGGCCAUGCUAACUACGGCCAUGCUAACUACGGCCAUGCUAACUACGGCCAUGAUAACUACGGCCAUGUUAACUACGGCCAUGAUAACUACGGCCAUGCUAACUACGGCCAUGCUAACUACGGCCAUGCUAACUACGGCCAUGCUAACUACGGCCAUGCUAAAUACGGCCAUGCUAACUACGGCUAUGCUAACUACGGCCAUGCUAACUACGGCCAUGCUAACUACGGCCAUGCUAACUACGGCAAUGCUAACUACGGCUGA